GAAGAAACGAAACCUAACACAGCUAUAUAAACCAGCACAGUUCAGUGUUCAUCAUAACACGAAAGGACAACAAUGGAUCCUGUCAGUGUUUCAGUCACUGCAAUCGCCAUGGGAGCAGGAGCAGUAGUUACGGUGGUCGCAGCUCCUGUUGCUCUUGGGGUUGCAGGUUUCACCUCAGCCGGAAUAGCAGCAGGCUCCAUAGCUGCUAAAAUGAUGUCGGUUGCUGCAGUUGCUAACGGAGGAGGAGUGGCUGCAGGCAGUUUAGUGGCUACUUUGCAGGCAUUAGGUGCUGCUGGUCUGUCAGGAACUGCCACUGCAGCUGUGGCCGGCGUUGGAGCAGCAGUUGGAGCAGCAGGCUCCUACGCUGCCAGCAUGAUGUCUGCUGCUGCAGUUGCAAAUGCAGGAGCGGCGGCUGCAGGAGGUGCAGCUGGUCUGUCAGGAGCUGCCACUGCAGCUGUGGCCGGCACUGGAGUAACAGUUGGAGCAGCAGUGGGAUGGAUGGCUAGCUUCAUCAGAAAAUCACGGAAUGUCAGUCAGGAUCUAGCACAGGAGCAGCAGCAGCUAGAGUAUCAGCAAGAGCAGCAGUCACAGCAUCAGCUAGAGCAGCAACUGGAGCGGCAGUGGGAGGAGCAGUGGGAGGAGCAGCUGGAGCAGAAGCUGGAGCAGAAGCUGAAGCAGCAGUGAAAGGAGCAGUAGGGUGGCUUGCAAACUUCAUCAGAUGAAAAUCAUGAAGGGAAAAGAUGAAUAACAAUAUUUUUUACUUUUGCUAAAUGAAGGAGGCAAUCGCAAUAUAUGAAUUUACUUAGUAUACAGCAUAAUUCAUACUUCCUGACCAAGGUCGGCUGCUCCAGGUGGAAACAACAGAGAGAGUGAGAGAGAGUCGUAGCGCUUAUUGGCGCUGUACAGUGCCAGAAAGACUAAUGAAGGCAAUGAAAAAGACAUAAAAGUUGAGAACAUUUGUCAUAAAUCAGGAGAAAUUCGAGAAAUCGGGAGAAUUGUGACCCAGGGAGGAAACCGGGAGAGGGCAAUGAAAAACAGGAGCGUCCCAUGAAAAUCAGGAGGUUUGUCAAGUAUGUUUUUUUAUUUAAUCUCAGACAACCGAAAUAUGCAGUGCAAUAAAUCUAAAACCUGUAAAAGA